AUGGAUGCGGCAGGCAAAGUUCCCGUCAAGCUCGUCAAAGUCACCAGAGUGCUCGGCCGAACAGGUUCGCGAGGUGGUGUAACGCAAGUCCGAGUCGAGUUUAUGGACGACACGAGCCGAAGCAUUAUCCGAAACGUCAAGGGACCAGUCAAAGUCGAUGACAUUCUAUGCUUGCUCGAGUCCGAGAGAGAAGCAAGGAGACUGAGAUAA